AUGUCAGAAUUCAUAGUUGAUUUGUUUCCUUCAGAAAUCUCCAAACUUUAUUUGUUCACUUCAUUUUCCGUCUUGUGUGGAGCAGUUUUCUUUUCUGCCAAAGUCAACAAGACCAUUAACUCAGUUUUAGUAUUUUGUUGGGCUUGCUUUAUCAAACCGUUAAUUCAGAAAAAGACUAAAGGUCCAAACAAAAAUCAACAACAAUCUUUAGAGUCAUUCUACAAGAAUCAAGCUCAUAUUUAUGAUAACACUAGAGAAUUUUUGUUGAAAGGUAGACAAGAAUGUCUUAGAUUAGCUAUUUCCCAUUUACCCAAAAAGAAAGAUCUUAUUUGGAUAGAUAUUGGUGGUGGAACUGGUUCCAAUAUUGAAUUCAUGGAUGAAAUUAGUAAAAUAUCUGAAAACUUUAAAGCUGUUUAUUUGGUUGAUCUUUCCCCAUCUUUGUGUGAAGUUGCUAAGGCAAGAUUUGAAGCCCAUGAAUGGACAAAUGUUCAUGUAUUAGUUGCUGAUGCCUGUGAUUUUACUAUUGAUUAUGAUAGUGCUGAUUUGAUUACUUUUUCUUAUUCAUUGUCGAUGAUCCCAACUUUCAAUGCUGCUAUCGAUAAUGCUGUUUCUAAAUUAGAUAUGGAAGGUAUUAUUGCCACUGUGGAUUUUGGUAUUCAAAGCAGUGACACCUCAAUGGGUCGUAUCAAUACUGUUGGUGGGUUGGUUAACAGGGACAUUCCUUGGAUAUUACGUAAUUUUUGGAGAAUUUGGUUUGAAGCUGAUAAAGUGUUUUUGGAUUCUUCAAGAAGAAACUAUUUGGAAUAUAAAUUUGGUACCGUCAAAUCUUUGAAUUCAUACAACAAGGCUUUGGGUAAAAUCCCCUAUUAUAUUUGGAUUGGUUGUGAUAAAUCAAAAUCACACACCAUUUUAGAAAGAUUGAAUUGUUUAGCCACUGAAUCCCCUUACCUUGCUCCAACUACAACUCCAAUCGCUAAUCAACUUGAAGAUAUUCCAAUUUCUAAAGGUCAUGAAGCUGCUUUAAUCAACUUGCAAAAAAAUUUACCUUACCCAUCAAUGUACUAUCAAAAGGAAUAUUGGAGAGUCUACUAUGAUGAAAUGAAUCCAUUGUAUGAACAAUUUAAAAACCAAUACAUUUAUGCUUUCACUUGGGAAGAUCCUCGUGAAGAUCAUAAACUUUUGAAUUUUACCAGUGAUGAUACUGUUUUGGCUAUUACUUCAGCUGGUGAUAAUAUUUUGAGUUAUGCUAGUUUACCAACACCACCAAAAAAGAUUCAUGCUGUUGAUCUUAAUCCAUGUCAAAACCAUUUAUUAGAAUUGAAAUUGGCUAGUUUUAGAUGUCUUUCUCAAGAACAAAUUUGGUCAAUGUUUGGUGAAGGUAAAAUCGAAAAUUUCAAUGAUCUUUUGAUUGAUACUUUGGCACCGCACAUGUCUUCUAAUGCCUUCCAAUACUGGAUGGAUAAAGGACCUAAAACUUUUUCUGGUAAAGGUCUUUAUGAUACUGGGUUUUCUAGAUGGGCAUUAAGAUUAUCAAGAUAUGUUUUCAAAGUUUGCGGUGUUAGUAAAUACGUUGAAGAACUUUGUGCUGCAACCACCAUGGAAGAACAAUUGAGAAUUUGGAAUGAACAUUUGAAACCAACUUUAUUUAAUCCUGUGGUUGGUUCAUUACUUGUUGGUAAUCCAAUGUUUUUAUGGAAAGCUUUGGGAGUUCCAGCUAAUCAAGCAGCUUUAAUGGGACCAUCUGUUAUUAAAUAUGUUGUUGAUACUUUGGACCCAAUCAUUAAGAGAUCGAUGAUUUCAAAUGAUAACUAUUUCUACUAUUUAUGUAUGAUGGGGAGAUACACCAAAAACAAUUGUCCAGAUUAUUUAACUACAAAAGGUUUCAACAGAUUAUCUAGCACUGCUGCUACUGCCAGCGGAUCAUCUCCAAUUGACAACCUUAGAAUCCACACUGACACUUUAAAUGAAGUGUUUGGUAGAUUAAAAGAAAAAUCAAUCACUAUUGCCAUUAUCAUGGAUCAUAUGGAUUGGUUUGACCCUAAUGGUAGAGAUGCUAUUAAUGAAAUUACUGCUUUGAAAAGAUGUCUUGCCCCAGGGGGUAGAGUAUUACUUAGAUCAGCAAGUACAAAGCCUUGGUACUUGAAAACAUUCAAGAACUUGGGAUUCCAAGAAGAAGAAAAUGUUGUUCGUCAACCUGGUUCAAGUAUAGACAGAGUUAAUAUGUAUGCCAAUUGUACAGUUUUAACUCUCGUAGAUUAA